AUGGGCAAGCGCAAGUCUUCGAGUAAGCCCAUGGGGCCUAAGAAGAAAGACCCUCUUCCCACCACAUUCGCAUGCCUCUUCUGCAACCACGAAAACUCGGUUUCGGUCAAGCUCGAUAAGAAAGCUGGUGUUGGUCAACUAGACUGCCGUGUCUGCGGUCAAAAAUUCCAAUGCGCAGUCAACUAUCUAUCUGCUGCGGUUGACGUUUACGGUGAAUGGGUUGACGCGGCCGAUGCCGUCGCUAAGGAAGACAACGCCGAGCCUGGCUACGGUGGCACAUCUCGAGGAGGAGCUGGACGAGGCAACCGAACGGCGGUCGAGGAAGACUACGACGACCAAUACGGAGAUGAUGAUUAUUAA